AUGCUACCAAUACGAGAGAUCAAGCCCAAGAACGCGCGGACGAAACGCUUCCUCGACAACAAGGCGCCACAGCAGAAUGAGAACGCACGACAAACUCUUUUCCUCCGCUAUACCUCGACCUCAGAGAUCACCAACCUCUUGACGACCGACCUAUGCUCGCUCAAGAAGCCACUCUCCCUCAAGUUCAACAAGAAGAACUCAAUCCACCCCUUUGAAGAUGCGAGCAGUCUCGAGUUCUUCUCCGAGAAGAACGAUGCCAGUCUCGUGGUCUACUCUUCCACCUCGAAGAAGAGGCCGCACUGUCUGACACUGGUACGGUUCUUUGGCUACAAGGUGCUAGAUAUUCUAGAAUUACUUGUACAGGAAGACACAAUGCGGACGAUGUCACAAUUCAAGAACGGCACGGCGAGGGUAGGCCUGAAGCCUCUACUUUCGUUCUCUGGCUCGGCAUUCGAAUCGCCCACCGCGAAUGCGUACACGCUUGCGAAGAGCAUUUUCACGGAUAUGUUCAAGGGCGAGGAUGUGUCUAAUGUGGAUGUCGAGGGAUUGCAGUACAUGAUGCACUUUUCAGUGGACGAGGAGGAGCAGGAAAAUGUGAAGCCGAUGAUUCACUUACGGUGCUACCUUCUGAGGACGAAGAGGGCGCCAAACUCGACUUUGCCGAAGGUGGAUGUGGAAGAGAUGGGCCCAAGGGCUGAUUUCAGGGUGGGAAGGGUGCAGGAGGCGGAUCCGGAGAUGUGGAAGGAGGCGAUGAAGAAGCCGAAGUCGCAAGAAGCCAAGACGAAGAAGAAUAUUGAGACAGACAUCAUCGGCGACAAGGUCGGACGGAUCCACGUCGGCAAGCAGGAUCUAUCUGCUUUACAGACCCGCAAGAUGAAAGGCCUCAAGCGGAGUCGAGACGUGGCGGACGACGAAGACGCCUUCACCGGCGCCGACGAUGGCAUCUUGUUUGUGCCUGAGGGUGGCGGUGAUAAGAGAGUCAGGAUGGAAGAGUGA